AUGUGCAAGGUGCUAGUACCAAGCUUUCCACGUUGUCUGAAAAAGGCUCUGCUCUACGACAACCAAACUGACUUUGAGAAGAUUCUGUUUACUGGGAAGGCCAAACACAGCUCAGCACUGAGGCCUGUCUACCAGUCCCUGCAAGCAAACCCUGGAUACAUCGCUCCAUUUCUGACGCUGUGCAGCAACGCUCAUGAAGACAAACCAGCCACCAGAUGCUCCGAGUCCGUCUCGACUCAAAUCAGGACGAAAAGGCCCCAGAGGCAGUGCGCUGAGAGCAUGUGCCGGCGAGGCUCGCAGCACUACGCCGCGCUGUCCUCGCGCGCCGCUAACCAGCUCUUCGGCUUGCUCGCUUUACAAACCCAGGUUUGUAACCGAGGCAUCCUGAGUGGGUAUUUCACUGCUUUGGGGAAGGACGUGCCAUGUCUUGCACUGAUUAGGCCGUUGCAGAUGCACGGCUCAAUCUGUGGUGUUCGCUUCACCCCAGCAAGUACAGCAGCCUCCCUGGGUAUGGGAAGGUGGAACUUGACGUCUUGUGGAACCAGCGUAGCCAGCUCAGAGUGCAGUGAGGAGCUGUUCUCAUCGGUGUCAGUUGGUGAUCAGGAUGACUGUUACUCUCUGUUGGAUGACCAGGAGUUCACCUCUUUCGAUUUGUUCCCCGAGGGCAGUGUCUGCAGUGAUGUCUCUUCUUCUAUCAGCACGUACUGGGAUUGGUCAGACAGUGAGUUUGAAUGGCAGUUGCCUGGCAGCGACAUUACAAGUGGGAGUGAUGUGCUUUCUGAUGUUAUACCUAGUAUUCCAAGCUCUCCUUGUCUGCUUCCGAAAAAGAAAAACAAGCAUAGGAAUCUCGAUGAACUUCCAUGGAGUGCAAUGACAAAUGAUGAACAGGUUGAAUAUAUUGAGUAUUUGAGUCGCAAAGUCAGUACAGAGAUGGGCCUUCGAGAGCAACUUGAUAUUAUUAAAAUUAUUGAUCCUACUGCUCAGAUCUCACCUACCGAUAGUGAAUUCAUUAUUGAAUUGAACUGUCUCACAGAUGAAAAACUGAAACAGGUGAGAAACUAUAUCAAGGAACACGGACCUCGUCAACGCUCUGCAAGGGAAAGCUGGAAGAGGAGUAGCUACAGCUGUGCGAGUACCAGUGGUGUGAGUGGUGCCAGUGCCAGCAGCAGCAGCGCCAGCAUGGUCAGCUCAGCCAGCAGCAGUGGCUCUAGUGUUGCUAACUCCGCUUCAAACUCGAGUGCCAACAUGAGUCGAGCGCACAGUGACAGUAAUUUGUCCACAAGUGCUGCAGAAAGAAUCCGGGAUUCAAAAAAACGUUCCAAGCAACGGAAACUACAGCAAAAGGCCUUACGCAAGAGACAGCUGAAAGAACAAAGACAAGCUCGUAAGGAAAGACUGAGUGGAUUAUUUCUUAAUGAAGAAGUGCUCUCUUUAAAAGUGACUGAGGAGGACCAUGAAGGAGAUGUGGAUGUUUUAAUGUGACAGGGGUGAAUUUAUCAGUGUUCUUUCUAAGCCUUAAAUGUAUUAUCCUUAUUGUUUACAUAUAUUUCUUGACCAAAUUUUGAUUAGUGUUAACAAUAUAAAUCAGAUUUUUUCUCAAGUGUAAUUUUGGUAAGAAGGCCCAAGUAUUGAGUAACUUCAGCUUUUUGAGAGUAAUUUUGCAACAAAGACUUCAGAAACUUA